UUUGCUGGUAAUCUAAUGAAUCAAAUGAGUGGCGGAUGUGAGAAAAAGGCGUCGUUCAAAUACGGUGACUAUUUUUUAAUUGACUCUUGUUGUGAAUUUGCACGAUUUCCGGAGAGGAGAGCUCAACUUUGUUUUUUUGUAUUUUUCUUUACUUUUUAUCACUGUCUGCGGAAGGAGAGAGGAAAAAAGGAAUGGACGAGCACCAAACCGCAUGUCGUCCCUCGAUCAUUACCUCACUGGGUGUUCUCAUGUGCUAACGCCGAAAGAAAAACACGACCGGAUUCGUCCAAUUCCAUUGGAGAUGGUUCAGCAGCAGCAGCAGCUGAAGAGGAAAAGUCAGACGUUUUCAAUCACGAGCUUUUACUUCCUGAUGACUCUGCUGCUGGGAGUCGCGGUAAUCGAUCUGAAGAUGAGGCCAGCGGCGAUCAGGAUUUGUUUCAACUGGAUCGUCUCAAUAACAACUCGACAGUCGAUGGCAUCAAUGCCACCCAGCAGCAGCCAGCAGACUACGAUUGGAGUGCCGUUUGGCCUUACUUUAACACCGGUUGCCUGGAAUGGCUGCCCAUCAAUCACAUCUAUUUCCAGCUGGCCAACAGUUUCCUCUUCCUGUCUUACCUGGCGCCGGCCGGACUUUAUGGGCUCAUCUACCUGCGAAUGAUGUUGGCCAUAGGCUCGGCCUUCUUCGCCAUCUGGGGAUGGUUCAUCCUCUGCGCAUUCGACACUUUCCUCUGGAACGCCUUUUUUCUACUCAUCAACGUUGUUCACGUUAUUUACCUGCUGUGCUCCUUGAAACCCCCCAAAUUCGACAAACAAGUCGAAGAGGUGUACAAAACCAUUUUUCAGCCUCUGAAAGUGUCGAAACAGCAAUUCCAAAAAGUAGUCAACUGCAUGAAACUUAUCAAGCCAUUGAAGAGAGGCGAACAUUUCGCCGUUGAGAAAGUCACAAGAGUGGAAACCCUUUCACUGUUGCUGUCCGGAAGCAUGUUGGUCAUUGAAAAUGGGAAAACACUUCACGUCCUUCACCCAAUGCAAUUCCUGGACUCGCCCGAAUGGUUCGGUGUCUCAUCUGACGAUUUCUUCCAAGUUAGCAUCCGAGCUUGUGAGGAAUCGCGUGUCUUAUUAUGGCAUCGCGAUAAAUUGAAAUUGAUCCUGCUCACCGAUCCUUUCCUGCAAGCCGUUUUCGAUCACAUUCUUGGCCGAGAUGUUGUUCGUAAACUCACUCAGAUGAAGGAGAAGAUUGCCAGUCCCACUAGUGGUGGCGGAAGCCCAUUCAGAUCCAGCAACCUCGUCAAUAAUGGAUCGUUCAUCGAAAAUGAGAAAUCUUUAACUCUUCCAGCCGGCAGUUCUAAAAAUUCUAUGCAUGAGCAUGGGCUGAAGGUAGUACCGCCGGAGCAAAUGUCGCUUUUAGACGAAAGUGUUCAAAGCAAAAAGAUGAGAAACAAAAGCGGAUCAACUUCUCCGGCGCUAAACACUCGUAAAUUCAUUGGCAGCCCAGCCAGCAUCAACAGCCCGACUGGUCGUUACGACUACUCCAUUGUGCAGCAUCUAGACAGCACUGAUAUUUAAUAAGUACUCCUUGCUUUGUCAGGCGAACCGAUCUAAUGUACUGCCGAAGAUUCUCCAGUUCAACUGUCGACACUUACAUUUCUUAAUUGCGUAGAUCUUUGGUUUUUAUUAUUUAAUUUCAGCAAUGUUUUUACGCAUAUUACAUAGUAUGAAUAAUAAGUUGCGCUUAAUUCGAGUGAAGCAGCACAGAGGAAACAGCACAACUACAAAACCCGGUUGCCAAUUCAAUAAUAUACAACUGAAAAAGGAAGAUGCUACCUUGAUUUAAUUGAAAUUAAAAAAAAACUGGUGGCAUUUUAAUUGAUGAUAUUUUAUUUCGUGUAUCGUGACUAAUAAACAAUGAAUUCAAAUAUGAUACAAAUAAUUUUC